CUGCAUUCUGGGAAGGCGGCCGCUCGGUCCGCCGCGCAGCCUCCUGGGAGUUGUAGUCGCAAUCCUAGGCAACUGGUGGGUGUCCCGGGCGCGCGGAAGGCUGGUUUCCUGGGGGAACCUUCUGAGGGCCAGUGGUCUUCUUUUGACAGUUGUGUGGCCCUUCCGUCCAGCCGGGCUUCUGAUUCCGCCUUGCUUGUUUAUGACGAUCCCUCGAUCCCUACUAACCAGGACGUGAGAACCCUAAGCUAAUACAGAAGAAGUCGCCUUGUUUACAUCAUGGAUAACACAAAGGAAAAGAAUAAUUACAAAGAUGAUCUUCUGCUAAGGAUGGGACUAAAUGAUAAUAAAGCAGGGAUGGAAGGACUGGAUAAAGAGAAAAUUAACAAAAUUAUAAUGGAUGCCACAAAGGGGUCCAGAUUUUAUGGAAAUGAGCUCAAGAAGGAAAAGCAAGUCAAUCAACGGAUUGCCAAUAUGAUGCAACAAAAAGCUCAGAUUACCAACCAGCAACUAAGGAAAGCACAGUUAGAGGUUGACCGAUUUGCAAUGGAAUUGGAACGGAACCGGAAUUUGAACAAUACCAUAGUUCAUGUUGACAUGGAUGCUUUCUAUGCAGCUGUGGAAAUGAGAGACAAUCCGGAACUGAAGGAUAAACCCAUUGCUGUAGGAUCAAUGAGUAUGUUGGCUACUUCAAAUUACCAUGCAAGGAGGUUUGGUGUUCGUGCAGCCUUGCCAGGGUUUAUUGCUAAGAGACUCUGCCCACAACUUAUUAUAGUGCCCCCAAACUUUGACAAAUACCGAGCUGUGAGUAAGGAGGUGAAGGAGAUUCUUGCUGAAUAUGAUCCCAACUUUAUGGCCGUGAGUCUGGAUGAAGCCUACUUGAAUAUAACACAGCACUUAGAGGAAAGGCAAGAUUGGCCUGAGGACAAAAGAAGAUAUUUCAGCAAAACAGGAAAUUCUGUAAAAAUUGACUCGGGUGAACCAGGUGAGGAAGCUGACAGACUGAAGGAGGAUGAAGGGUCCAUCUCCCCGCUGCUGUUUGAAGACAGUCCUCCUGAUUUGCAACCCGAAGGAAAUCCUUCCCAGCUGAACUCUGAAGAACAAAGCAAUCUUCAAAUACUCCAAAAUUCAGUUGUUUUUGGAACAUCAGCUGAGGAAGUGGUAAAGGAAAUUCGCUUCAGAAUUGAACAGAAAACAACACUGACAGCCAGCGCAGGUAUUGCCCCCAACACAAUGCUAGCGAAAGUGUGCAGUGAUAAAAAUAAGCCAAAUGGACAAUACCAAAUUCUCCCCAGCAGAAAAGCAGUGAUGGACUUCAUCAAGGACCUGCCCAUUAGGAAGGUUUCUGGAAUAGGAAAAGUGACAGAGAAAAUGUUAAUGGCCCUGGGAAUUGUUACUUGCACGGAACUCUACCAGCAGAGAGCAUUGCUUUCUCUCCUUUUCUCCGAGACAUCCUGGCAUUAUUUCCUUCACAUCGCCCUGGGUCUAGGGUCAACAGACCUGGCAAGAGAUGGAGAAAGAAAAAGCAUGAGCGUUGAAAGGACGUUCAGUGAGAUCUUUAAAACAGAAGAACAGUACAGCUUAUGCCAAGAGCUGUGCACUGAGCUCGCUCGUGAUCUCCAGAAGGAAGGACUGAAGGGGAGAACUGUUACCGUUAAGCUGAAGAACGUGAAUUUUGAAGUAAAAACUCGCGCGUCUACAGUUCAAUCCACCCUUUCUACUGCAGAAGAAAUAUUUGCCGUUGCUAAGGAACUGCUAAGGACAGAAAUUAACGCGGCUUCUCCACAUCCCCUGAGGUUAAGGUUGAUGGGUGUGCGGAUGUCGACUUUUUCCACUGAAGAUGACAAGAAGCACCAACAAAGGAGCAUCAUUGGCUUCUUACAAGCUGGACACCAGGCUUUGUCAUCUCCUGGGUGUGUUCUAGACAAAACCGACAAAACUGAGUUUGUAAAGCCUUUGGAAAUGCCUCAUAAGAAGAGUUUUUUUGAUAAAAAGCGAUCAGAAAGGAUCUUGAGCCAUCAAGAUGCACCCAGCUGUGAAAUUGUGGAUCAGCAAGCUGUACAGACCUCACAACCAUUCCAGGCUUUAAAGAAGACGAGUGAGAGUUUGGAAACAUCAAAGAAUUCCAAUAACUGUCAGACAUUUACGUGUCCAGUUUGCUUUAGGGAGCAAGAAGGUAUCAGUCUGGAAGCCUUUAACGAACAUGUAGAUGCGUGUCUGGAUGAGCCAUCGACCAGUGAGAACUCUGAUUCCCGUGCUUCCUCGGCAGCUAUUGGUCAGAAGGAAGAUGCACACCAUUCUAUUCCACUGUGUGAGAAGCGGGAUGAUGAAGAUGCCGAGAUCACUUCAGCGGAUGGUGUCGAUCUGGCAGAAACUGAAGACAACUCAUUGAAAGCCACAAGUAUGGACACUUUAGGGAAUAAUCACAGCAGAGCGGAAUGUUCUGAUAUUCCAAACCAGUCUUGUCCUGUUUCAUUGGCGAAUGAAACUGUCAGAAUAUUAAGUAGGCAAGAGUCCAUCCAGCCCUGUACAGAUGAGGUGGUAACAGGACGAGCUCUAGUUUGUCCUGUUUGUAACCUAGAACAGAAGACUUCCGAUCUUACCCUCUUCAAUGUGCACGUGGAUAUUUGCUUAAAUAAAGGCAUUAUCCAAGAAUUGAAAAACAAUGAAGUUAAUUCAGCUAACCAACCCAAAGGGAGCUCAGGAAGAACUGACAGACUUCAGAAGGCAGCAAGAAGGACAAAAAGGCCAGGACUGAGGACAGAGAGUUCCACGUCGAGGAAAACAAAAGCCCAAAGUUCCAGACACACCCUUGAUAUAUUUUUCAAAUGAACUUUGAACAUUUUUAUUGAAAUUUUAGUUUUAUAGUCAAUGUAUUUGUUCCUCCUCGUUUUAAAUUUAUUAUUUAGGGAAGACAAGUACAAUAAUACCUCCCCACAUGGCCUUUUUAAAGAAUGUAGACUAUAUAUUAACUUAUUUCUUUAUAUUUUCUUUAAUUAACCAUAAGAAUCUCAUUCCCAGUAUAUAUCAGUUGGAAAUCAGUCUUGUUAGAGAUAACUUUAAAACAAGAGUAGAAGGGGCAGUCAGAAGAUGACAUGCUAUUUUAUGAUGAAUAUAAAAUACUUAUUAGGACUCUGAGUCAUGUGCUCUUGUUUCUGCACGGGCGUCUUAGUGCCUAGCCACCGGGUUGCCACUGGAUGCUGCUGGACUUGCUCUCGUGUCUGUAAGUGUUCUGUGAGCAUUUGUAGUUAGAUUUACCCAUGAGGUCUGUGAAGAACAUUAGUUUAGCAGAGAUAGCAUGGGUACCUGCAGGAAAAUAAUGCACAGUAUUAUCUGUGUUUGAAGGACUUGUCCAAACUACUGUUAAUCGUUUUCCCUUACUCACAAUUUCUUUAUCUUAUAAAUAAGCACUUGGUUCAUGUAAAGAAAUACUUAGUUUAUAACUCAAAAUUGUUUUUUUAACUCAGUACUUUAAACGGCAGUAUUUCAUUUCUUGGUAAUUAUGUUUGGCUCCCUACAAAUCUGUAGUAAACAAGAUGAGUUGUGACAUCACUUGAUUUUCUUCCUCCUCGUUAAGAGAAAAUGUGCAGCUCCGAAGAUGAAUGCCUGGUGAAGCUCUGCCCUUCUCUCAGCUAAUGUCUGCGCGUCUCUGUUGCUAUUUGUGAAGGAAGAAAGAUUCGCAGCAGUUGAAGAGUUGUACCGAGCUUGGCGCUACCCACACACUCUUAUCAAAAAGCCCUUUUUGCCACCACGCUUUAAGAACUGAAUCUUGUACACGCCUUUAAUCCCAGCAUUCAGAAGGAAGAGGCAGGUGGAUCUCUGAGUUCAAGGCCAGCCAGGUUUACAGAGAGAAUUCUAGGACAGCCGGAGCUACACAGAGAAACUGUGUCUCAGAAAACAAAAAAGGAGAAAGAGAACUGAAUCUUUUUUCUUAUGGUUUUGGUCUUUGAAUAUUUUAGUUCAUUUAGAGUAGACAGGGAAAUAUUUGAGGAAUAGCUAGCAUCCUUAGGGCUUUGCAAAGCCUUUGCCACAGUCACAACCUGACUUUUAAUUCCUGGCCUCGUUAAAGAUGGACUGAAAGCUUGCUGAUGUGCUAGUCCCCCACCUGUACACCAUGGACAGUCCCAAAGCUGUGGCGUUUCAGUUAUUGAUUGUGAUUUACUUAUGUAAAUUAUUUAUAAAAUUAAGUUCAGUGAAACUGAUUUAAUGUAUUGAAAAGUAGAUAUUACUGUAUUUAUUGUUUUUCCCCAUCUAAAUUUAUUUUUACUGUUUUCCACAUUAAAUAAUAAAUUAUUUUCAUUUAGAUGCCCCAUUUAAUUGAAUGCCAUAAUAUAUAACAUUUAAUAAUUUAAAAUAAAAUUUUAAAACCUU